AUGGACCCAUCAACCCCACCCAAGAUCAUACCCGCACUGGGACAAUAUCCGGACAUCAAAGCCGAUGCACGCCGCGUGUUUGACGUCCUCCAAUCUGGAGGGGUAGCCCUAGUGCCCACCGAAGUGGGCUACGGCCUGAUGGCCUCAUCGACCGAAGCAAUCCAACGGGCCUUCGCAGCCAAGAGACGCCGGCCCGGCCACGCGCAGGGUAUCAUUGGAACUUACCAGCUCCACUGCGAGCUUCACUUCCUUCCCGCGGCGCGGCACGAGAUGAUCCGCACGCUGCACCACGAGAUGGACAUGUCCUUCGGGGUUGUCGCGCCCUUCCGCGCGGACCACCCCCUCCUCCAGCAGCUCACCCCGGCGACGUUGGCAAACACGACCAAAAACGGCACGCUGGCCAUCUAUCUCGGUCGAGGGUCGCUGCUGGUGGAGCUGGGCCGCUUGAACGACGAGGACGGGCAGUUGAUGCUGGGGUCGAGCGCCAAUCUCACCGGCACGGGCCAGAAGUUCCGGGUGGAGGACAUCGACCAGGAGAUCAGGGAUGCGGCGGACGUGAUUGUGGAUUACGGGCUGCAGCGGUACCAUGUGUAUGGGGGCCGCGCGUCGACGAUCAUCGACUUCGACAAGAUGCAGGCGCUGCGGAUAGGCGCUGAGUAUGAAUUGAUGAGGGAGCGCUUGCGCAAGUAUUGGGGGGUGGACGGGUUGCCUGAAGAUCCUGUCUUUGGUAGUCACUAG